AUGGGGGCCGGGGCUGGUAUUGUCAUAAUCACCCCUGAGGGUAUACAACUGGAGCACUCCUUUAGAUUGGGAUUCAAAGCCUCAAACAAUGAAGCCGAGUACGAGGCCCUACUGGCCGGUUUAAGGGCCGUAUUGCAUCUGGGCACAAAGGAUGUAGAGAUUUACUCGGACUCUCAGCUGGUUGUUUAUCAGAUCAUAGGGGACUUCGAGGCUCGGGACCCUCGAAUGAAAGCUUAUCUAAGUACAGCAAAGCAGAUUAUCGGUCAAUUCGGAACGAGUGUUCCCGACCAAGCUGGGAUAGAGGUUGCGCAGGUAGCAGUGGCCGGUCUGUGUUGGAUGAACCCGAUCAUAGAUUUCCUCGCCGAGGAUAAAGUUCCAGAGGAUGAGGACGAGGCCAACAAGAUUCGCCGGGUGGCUCCCUGGGAGGCCGCGACCAUACGGCACGCCGAGUAUCAGCAAAAGCUGGCCCAAAGGUACAACCGAAAUGUAAAGGGGAGGGAAUUUAGUGCCGGGGAACUAGUGUUAAGAAAGGUUAUGGGAAACAUGCGAGACAUAGCUGCAGGGAAGCUUGCUCAAACCUGGGAGGGACCAUACAAAGUCACAGCCAUCGCGGGUGCAGGGGCCUACUACUUGGAGGACCUCAACGAGAGGCCGCUUCCCUGA